UUUUCCACCGACAGAAGAGUUUUCGUUGGCAGAAAUAAAACUGUAAUCCUAAACUGCACAUGUUUUAAUAAGAUCGAAAGUUCCUGGCUAGUUGUGAAAAAACCAAGAGAAACAGAUGAAUUAGAUGAAAGUUACAUACCUUAUACGGAAGGACUUUUACUCAAUCCUAAACUGAAAAACUCAAACAUUGAUAUCGUUGGUAAUUACAAAAGUGGUGAAUGUAAUCUUAUUAUAAGACAUUUUUCGGAUUAUGAUGAAGGAACCUACAAAUGUGAAUAUUGGGAAAAUGGAAAUAUCUAUAUAGAUACCUACCAUGUGCAAAUAAAAAAUCCUCUGGUUAUGGAAAUAACAUAUACGUAUUUUGAGCACACAAUAACGAUUGAUUGUAAAUUAAGAGGAGGAGAGCCUGAUAACUACACUAUUACCUAUUGGGAGCACCGUUCUGAAUUUAACGAAUAUAUUCGGAGUUCUAAUGGAUUAAAUGACAGUAAAUUGACUAUUUCAAAAUCAAAGAGUAAAAAUAGGUCGCACGAAAAUGAUGGUAUUUAUACGUGUCAAACAACGAAUGGUCUGGUUGGAGCAAAUAGAUGGUUAACACAGAAAGGAUCUAUUCUCAUCAACGAUAAAGUCCCGCCAAUAUUUGUGAAUUCAAACAAUGAAGUACAGGAUGGACGGUUCGGUCAGACGAUUAAUUUGACAGUAAUUGUGUACAAUAAGUUCGGCUGGAUACAAGCAUAUAUUUCAAAACUAAAUGAGUCUUUGAAUAUACCUGCGAGACAGCAUCGAAUUCUUACACGUGAACUGUUCCACAAUGUAAAUGUAACCGUAACCGGUAUACAAGUAACCUUCCAGAUGAUAUUGGAUAAAGAAAACGAUUUUACUAACUACACAAUUAAAGCUUGUAACAAGGAAGGAUGUAAUGAAUUCAUUGUUCAGAUCAUAGUAACAGAGUACGAAGAAUAUAAUCCUACACACAAAUAUGGUGAUUGUUGGGCAAUCAUGGGCAGUAUACUUGGAGGAAGUGUAAUAUUCUGCAUUGCCUUACAUAUAUACUGCUCAUUGAAGCGUUCAAAAAAAUCCAAUCGGAUGCUUAACAUCUCAGCACAGGUCAAUGAUCGUGAAAUAGAAAUUUUAGAUUAUAACAAUGAUAGUUUUGCACAAAUAAACAACAAUGCGGAAGUGAAUAUUGACAGUAUCUCAGACAUGGUUUUAAGGGCUGAUGUCGUAAGUUCCAAUGACAGCUCUUCUCUAAAUCAAUAUGGUGAUGGUUAUGAAAAUCCUUAUCAGACGAUUGAUCUUUGCGAUAUCGAUAUGCAUCAGUAUAGUAGUAUCACCAAUGACAAUUAUCAAAACACAAUGAUAUUCCCGUCAAGUGUGUUGCAAAAAACGCCAAAACACGUUGCAAUGAAUAGCCCAAUAAUUCACUGGCUUGUUAUAUACAAGAGAAAGGAUUAGAUGAAUACAAAAAUUUAUUAUAUAUAUUUUCUAUACUUAAGUAUAAGUUAUAUAAUUUAUA